CACAUAAUUAAAGGGUCUAACCGUAGAGAAUGUUUUCUUAGUGAUAAGAAUCUUACGUCUGUUAUUAAGAGUGAACUCCAAAUUUUUGAUAUAGUAAGGGAAGGGAAAAGGCUAGGAUGUCGAUUACUCUUACUCAAAAUGUUCAUUGUCCUGGUAUCGAUUACCUUGUGGUGAUUGAUUUCGAAGCCACUUGUGACGAGAAUAACACAAAUCCACAAACUGUACAAGUGACAAAGGAAACGGCAGAAAUCAUAGAAUUUGCCUGGGUAAUUGUUGAUACCAGCACUUUGGAUGUGGUGUAUCAACACACUCAAUAUGUCAAACCAGAAAUUACUCCUUUGACUCCUUUUUGCAUCAAUCUAACUAAAAUAACUUGGGAAAACCUCGAAAAAGCGGGUACUUUACAAGAUGCCAUCACUGCUUUGGACGACUACAUUCAAAAAUACAUCAUCGCUAGUAACAAGACGUUUUGCUUUUGCACACACGGAGCAUGGGACCUCAGAAUCCAAUUACCCAGAGAGGCAAGAGAUAAACAUAUCGAAUUACCUCCUUAUCUGGGUCACUGUAGAAUGUUCGACUUAAAACAAGAAUAUCAAAGAUGGCAAGUGCACCACCCAGACGUAAUAUUAAAGAAUAAUUCUUUAAAUGAAAUGUGUGCUGCCUUUGAAUUACAAGCGGCAGGUCAACCGCAUUCUGGAAUAGGAGACUCACUUACUAUGGUUAACAUUAUUCGAUACUUUUGUUCCUUCGGUCACCCUGAUGUGUUUGUUAAUCCCAUUGACACCAAUGCGGAUUUGAACCAAUUUAAAAAAGAAGAAUCGAAAGUGAUUCAUUUGGCGGGUUUACCGUACGAUGUUACACAAACCGAGUUGGAGGCAUGGUUUUCAGGUCAGGGUGUCAGACCAACCGUAUUAUGGAUGAUUCGUACACCUGAUCAUCAAAAACCAAGUGGUUCUGGAUUUGCGAUUUUUGCGACACAUGAAGAUGCAAUGGCUUGUUUAGAGAUGAAUGGGAGAACUUUAGGAGAUAGGGCUAUAGAAGUAAGUCCAAGCAGUGAGAGGGUUACUGAGGCAGCCGGAGCUAUAUUAGCAUCAUUUCCGAUAACCAAAAAUCGCCUUCGGCCAGGUGACUGGGUCUGUCCAGCUUGUCAAUUCCAUAACUUUGCCUCUAGGAGAACAUGUUUUAAAUGCAAUGCUAUGAAUCCAAAUCCUUCUUCGGUACAUGGAACACCUUCAAAUUUUACACUAGGGGAUUGGAUGUGUCCGAAUCCUCCUUGUAAUUUUCAUAAUUACGCAUCUAGAACUCAGUGUUUAAGAUGCGGAACAUUCAAACCUCAGGGAAUGUAUGGACCACCGCCGUCAAAUAUGUCUUUUCGUCCCGGAGAUUGGAUCUGCCCAAAUCCAAAUUGUGCAUUUCAAAAUUUCGCUUCUAGAACCGUUUGCAUGCGGUGUAAUACCACAAAUCAUAUCGGAUAUGAUGCAUACGGGAAUCUAGCACAAGACCAAGGAGGUUAUGCUGGCGGUGUUAGUCAUGGGCCUUCUUCUCCUGCUCCGGCACCUUUCCGGCCAGGAGAUUGGUAUUGCCCAAGUUGCAACACUCAUAAUUUUGCUUCAAGAUUCCAAUGCAUUCGCUGCGCAAUAAAUAAACCACCUCAGGUUGCUGGUAGUGUUGCUGUCACAGCCAACAUGAAACCUGGAGACUGGUUAUGUGGUAAUGAAAUGUGCGGAUAUCAUAAUUUUGCAAAAAGAACACAUUGUGCAAAAUGUGGCAUGCCAAAUAAUUCUACAGUGGGCGGAGAGAAUGGUUUUCAACAAUAAUGUUACAAGUAUUAAACUUAUGGUCAUAUUAAUGUGCCGACUAAUUUAUGGUUUUUCUUAUAAAAUAUAUUAUUUUUUAUUAGUGUAUAAGAAUUUAUCUAGAAAUUAUUGAUUUAAUUGUGACGCGUUAAGAAAACUGUAUGUUAAAGGAAAAUGCGGACGCUUUAAGUUGAAGAAUAUGAUUAGUGAUAUUAUUUCUUUUUUUCAAAUCUGAUUUUUUUUUUGCAUUCUUAACCUUGUAAAUAUUCUGUUGAAGUUUCUUUGCGCUAUAAUUUUUUAUUUUCUUUAAAAAUUAUACUUUAUCAAUUUGUGAUGUUAGUAUUUAUGGCGCAGUCAUUUUGUUUAUAUCAUUUUAUUUUUUUCCUUAAUUUACAAUCUUUG